AUGGAGAAGGAAAAAUUACCAGCGCACGGUCCCGGGGGUGGUCUUCCGCCUCCGUCGUCCCGAUACCCCUCUUUCGCCGCUUCUCCGUCGAGCAGUGGCUUUCCUGUGAAGUCAGAGGCCUCGCCUUCCUCGUCCCCUUCUCCCGGAUCGUCUGUAGAGACAGCCCACUUCGGCCAGCUCGAUUCUGGCCGCUUCAGCAAUGAUAUCAGCAGGAUGUCGGAUUUUCCUCCAAGGAACGUCGGCCAUCGGCGGGCCCACUCCGAGAUUCUCAGUCUGCCCGAUGAUAUAAGCUUUGACAGCGACCUCGGGGUCGUCGGUUCUGUUGAGGGUCCAUCAAUGUCGGAUGAAACAGAGGAGGACCUAUUGUCUAUGUACAUCGACAUGGAGAAGUUCAGCUCAUCAUCGGAGUUGUCUGGGUCGAUGGCUUUACAGCUCGGUGAAUCUUCAGGGACGGCGCCAGAUGCAGCUAUGUCUGCUCCUCUUCAGCCUGAUAAUUUGACAUCUGGCACAAAUGACCGACCGAGGAUUCGGCACCAGCACAGCCAGUCUAUGGAUGGUACGACUUCAAUCAAUCCGGAGCUGCUUGCUGCUGGCGCAGAAGGGUAUGCAUCAGCAGAAGCAAAGAAAGCUAUGUCAGCAGCAAAACUUGCUGAUCUUGCACUUAUUGAUCCAAAGCGUGCAAAAAGGUUAAUACUCCUUAAUAUUCUUUAGGAAUACGUUAGCUUUGAGCUAUUUAUACAAAAUUGUUUCAUUAUUAUCUGGUCAUUCGAUAAUUGAGCUGCAAUUAUUCAUGUUCCCGGAACAUAUGUUUAUUUUCUUUUCUCAUAGAAUUGUUUUUAUUUGCCCUGGAUUUCUUUCUUUUGUAAGUUAUAUAGUUUUUUUUGGUUUCUCGCUGUCUGAUUUUUUUUUUCUGCUGCCUAUCCCUAUUUUAUGGCCGGCUUCUACAACUUGCUAGACUAUGUGACAUUUUGCUAAAUAUGGGUUUUGAUUAGUUUUCUUUAUCUAUGGGCCAACAAGAAAGCGUGAAGAAACUACAUUUUUUAAUCAUCCCUGCUUGUUUCCUAGGAAAAAAACACAGUUAUUGUGAUUUUUAAUAAAAUAAACAAGAUUGCUACAAUAUUGUAGGAUUUUUGGUAAUAUAAUUUAAAAUUUAUGGUUAAUCUGUUAGACUCGAGGAUGAAGAGCAUAUAAAACCAUGAAUUUUGGAACUCAUUUGCUUUAUAUUCCUUGAAUUUAUGGACAAAUCAGAGUGGAUUUGUGAAAGAACCAGCACGAGAAAUAUACGGACCAUGCCUAUACUUGGGACAUGUCAGAUUGCAUACUAUGGAGUCACGGAGCGACGUUUGUUAUGGUUGACUCACUCAAGCUUGGUCUUGGCCUUGUUUACCUGAAAAACUGUCAUCUUGCUUACCUUGGAUCAUGUUAGUCCCACUCACGCGACAUGAGCAGGUCAGAUUGAGAUAUGCAUGAAAGUUUUGUUUUUUAGGGUCUUCAUUGGGCUUUUUAAAAUAUCUCUGAGCAUCUUUAGAGUACCUAUGUGGUGAAAUGUUGACAUUGAGGGGACUUCAAAAGAAAUGGACGAAAAGGGGAUAUAAACAUUCGAUGGUGGAAACGAAGCCACAUCUUAUGUGAGCGAUUGCAGCGGUAGUAGGAGGCCAGAACUGCCUUGAGAUUGGCAUGUGACACAGGUUGGGAGGCAUCAUGUUGAGGGGUGUUAAAAUUUUAUUUGUUCAAAUGUUUAGUAGAAAAGUUGCACCUUCAUACGUCUUUGCAAAAGACAAUACUCGUUUACUUAUUCUCAAUCCCUUUAAUAUACUAGGUUUUAUACUGUUAACCGUGUUGGCAGAUUUAGAUCUUAGCUACUUGUGUGAUGCAUCAUACGGCAUAAGUCUGGUGUGAAUUCGGCUGGCUGAUUCCAGUGAAUCUUAUUCGCAUGUGAUCAUCCCUGGCUUGACAAGAGAGCUGAGUGGCUGACUCAAGAAUCUUGAUUGUUGAUCUGAUUUGUUGUGGUCAUCACAUGUUGGAACGAGUUGGGAAAUAUCUGAAGUCAUUUGCCGGAUGCACCACCAUUGUGGCAGCCGUUAGGGUGGCAUGACACGUAGGAGAUGUUUUGAAGGUAGUAAUAAACUUCACGUUGGCCCCAAACUUUUCACUCAUAUUCCCAGAGGAUUACAUGCAUCCCCUCGAUCUUUCAAGGGUACAGACAAAACUUUCAAUACAUUUUUUUCACCUCGUCUGCUGCCAAUCGGGUUCUGAGUAAAAGAGAAUUAAUGAGAAAAUAAAGAGAUCAAUGAGGAAGGAGGUUGCCUCUUGUUUUCUCUUAAUUUUGUGUGAGCUUUCUUCUCUAUACAAGUAAAAAUAAAAAAAUUGAGUACCUUUGCACUAAAUUCAUUUUGUCGUUAAUCCUAUUGCAGAGGUCUGAUACAUUUGCCGGACCGAUUUCAAUUACUUGCUUUGAAGAUUGCAGUGUUCACGAAAAUAGGGCCAUGGAGAGGAACAUCUGAGGAACAGUGGAGCACUUAACAUUUUUUUUUUACGGGAUUGCCAAUUGCUAAGAGGUUGAUCUCACAGUGGCGAAUUCUUUUAGGUAACCACUGAAAGAAGAGCAUGUAUGUAAAGAAACUUUCGGCAUUUUUUCAACUCCUGUAAAGGCUUCUUCUGGAUAGUUCUUGCUGAAAAAUGCAUAUUACAGAACUAGACUUAAUGUCUCAUAGAAAAUCCAUCGUUCCUGUCAAACCAGGAUCUUGAUAUUCUUGAUCAGGUCUUCACCCUCCCUUCUCACUGGAGCCGCCUAGAAAAUCCCAUUAGAGUAGAUUCUCGAAAAGUCAUCUUCAGUUAACCUCUACACCGGUAGUUGGCCAAGCCCUCUUAUUUUGAAGAAAGAAAGGGAGAGCCCAUUAAGUAGUCCAUAACUGACUCACUUAAGGGCCCAAAUAGAAGAGAGACACUACAAUAACGAGAUCCUAGCUUGUCUGACAGUUCCGUUGUCAUUAACAUUAGUAUUAUAGUGGCUGUUGGCAAAUGAGGCAAAGGGGAUCCAUGGUGAUGGGAGCAAGGAAAGUGGGUACAGUAGUCAUAACUGGUGAAUGUGCUGUUUCUCAAUUCAUUGGGUUAUGAACCUGGCUCGAGUGUUGGGCUUAUCAGCAUUGACAACUGCAGCUGCACCAUGGCACGGUCCCCUUUUGCAAAACUUACAGCCACUGGGCAUUAUUAACGUUCCAUUUCUUCUGGAACAGUUUCUCAUUUGCCCUGGUAUUAGCCUGAUGAAGGCUUUUUUCUUGUCUUCUGUAUCAUGUAGAAGAGGGUGCUGUUGGCAAUGCCAUCCAGGGUUGUUUUCCCUGUAGUGGCUACAUGCAACCAAUAAGUCGAACCAGGUGUGUGUGGCUUAUGUUACAACACCAAAACUGCUGCCCUGGCCCCUUUGGGGAUGAGAGAAAAUAAUUGGGAAUGGUUUGUUUUUUUUUUUUUCAAAACAAAUUGUUAAGUCAUGGUUGGCUGACUGGUAUUGUAUCAGUUUGGCUCAUGCAAUUUGCACAUUUAAACUUUCAAUUGGCCAAGACCCUUUUAACGCUCGCUUAUCAUUCUGGGGAGAUUUUUGCUGUAGACAGCUGCAAAUUGGAUAAAAUGAAUAAAUGGGGGAUGUAGGAAGAAAAUUACGAAUGGAGAGGGGAAAAGCUCGGCUGCCAACAGGUGGUCCAGCAAGGGCGACCUUGAGGUAGGCAUCAUCUUUCACCGUAACCAAGCAACGGCCAAGGCAAAGAGAAUUGAGGGGGAAAAUGUGUGGAAAUGUUGAAAUUCGGAUCUAUCAAGCUAAAACCAUCUGUAGGAAGGAAUGAUCAAAGUGGGCCAUGCAAAAGAGUGCCAACCUUGGAAACUAAAGUUGCCUCAUAUUUUCCCUCUAAUUUGUUGGAGAUUUCUACUGCGUAGAAUGUCUCAAAUUUCUGUAUGAGUUAUUGCUGGUAUAUCACGAACUGUUGAAUAGUUUCUUGCGCACAUUGUUUUUAUUAGUAUCUGUUCUCCAACUAUAAGGUUUGGAUCACUCGUGCCACAGAGUACGGCUAUUAGCCAGACUACUUCUUUUGACAAGUUGUUCGCCCUGAUGUGAAGCAACAUGAGUCAGUGUGAGUUAAGAAUCUAGGGAUACUGAAGAAGAAACUAAAACAGUGAGGAAAUCAUGUGAAAGUGGAGGGCAACAGUUUCUUGGUAUGUGUGAGGAUUUUACCCAGUUUUUCCUGGUUCUGAAAGUAAUCAGGUGUAUUGCAUGGUUUGUCUGGUUAACUAAUCCCAAAAAGAGGAGGAAGCGUGAUGCAUUCAUCCUCUAAAAUAUAGACAUGCUAAACAAGCUGACGCUGUUCUUUGAUUUUCUAUGCCUAAUUUUAAUUCGAGUUGCUGAUAUGUUCUGUACUUUUGAACUGAUUAGCACUUAAAUAUGGCAGGAUUUGGGCAAAUCGACAGUCAGCUGCCAGGUCAAAAGAAAGGAAAAUGCGCUACAUAGCUGAACUUGAGCGAAAAGUGCAAACUCUUCAAACAGAAGCCACAACACUAUCUGCCCAAUUGACCAUGCUACAGGUCUGUUAAUCAAAUCCCGAACUCCUUGAUACGUGAGCUCCUUUGCAGAUGUUAUGUCUACUUUGAAUUUCCUGUACUAUUUUGAAUGGUGUUGUGAUAUGUUUCUCUGAGUUAUCUUUUUGUUGCCCGAUUUAUCCUGCUCAUUUUUAGCUAUUUUGUUCUAUAAUCACCUUCUCGUUAAUUGAUUAUUUUUUUUCCCUUCAUAAUGUCAGAGGGAUAAUAGUGGUCUGAAUGCUGAAAACAAUGAACUGAAGCUACGUUUGCAGACCAUGGAGCAACAAGUACACCUACAAGACGGUACAGUCCCAUCACAUAUCAGUGCUAAGGCAAUAUGUUUUGGAAUGAAUUUUCGUUCCAGCUUUCAGGAUCAGCGUUUUCCUGCACGAAUUAUUUUCACUGACUCCAAUGACUUGCAUCGAGCUUAAUCCUUAUGCGGAAGGAAGCGACUCUUCUGAGUCUUCUAUCCAUAUGAAGAAAAAGAAAAAGAAAUAUACCAGCUGCCUUGUGAAUUAGAUCGUUAUCAUCAACUUCAAUGUGUUGCUUGGUUCCACUAAUAGCCACUACCCAAACAAGAAGCUGUCGAACAUAUGCGGGCUCACAUUGUUUUAUCGGCGUCAUCUUUCAUGACUGUUAGAACUUGCCUACUUUCACAGAAUGUUUCAAUGAACACAUCUUCUUUCAAUGUCUCCUGCGACAGCAUUGAAUGACACACUGAGAGAGGAAGUUCAGCGUCUGAAGUUGGUCACAGGCCAGGCAAUGCCAAACGGUUCUCAGAUGAUGAAUCUUGGGUCCUCAUAUGGUGGGACUCAGCAAUUCUAUUCCCACAACCAUCACUCCGUGCAGUCACUCUUAGCAGCUCAACAGCUUCAGCAGCUUCAGCUUCAUUCUCAGCGCCAGCAGCAGUUGCACCCGAAUCAACACAGUCAUCCUCAGCCGCAGCAACCAGGCCCUGAAAACAAAGCUAAGGUGCCUUUGACUUCUUCUCCCAACCAGAAACAGAAUCAUCGGGACAGCACAUCAGACAGCAAAGACAUGCAGGUUCAGUGA